CCAUAGUCCAUUGAAACGAGGAAGUCUAGGGCGCGUGCUGGAUUUGUGUUUGUUUAUUUAUUAUGCUUACCUUUGGCCUGACACUCGUUCGACAAAAGUGCUUCUGUGACUGGUUCCCAGUGCUGGUAUUGUCCAUUACCACCACUCGUGGAAAGACUCUCAUCCUAUCAGAUUGCUCAGUCGAAAUAAACUGUUGUUACAUCCCAGAGUUGCAUGGAAAGGAAUUUACAUUUACCAUGGUGAAACUCAGUACAACAAAGACAAACUGCUGCAAGGUCAAGGAAUUGAUACUUCCUUGUCAGAAAUGGGAUUACAGCAGGCAGAGGCUGCAGGCCAGUACCUGCAAGACCUUCGCUUCACCAACGUUUUUGUCAGCAAUCUGCAGAGAGCCAUUCAGACUGCCGAGAUCAUCUUAAGAAACAACUUGCACUCUGCUGGCAUUGAGAUGGUCUUGGAUCCUUUGCUCAGAGAGCGGGGAUUCGGUGUGGCUGAGGGCCGUCCCAAAGAAGACAUGAAGAACAUGGCGAACGCAGCGGGCCAGGCCUGCAGGGACUUCACACCACCAGGUGGAGAAACUCUCGAUGAGGUAAAGACACGUUUUCGCAAAUUCCUAAAAUCCAUGUUCCAGCGCAUGCUAAUCGACCACUGCUCCAGCGCACGUCCCAGUACUAGCCCAGAGUUCCCAGAGUUGCCACUGCCAACAAUUGCAGGCCUCGCCAAUGAUGGGGUUGAGAACUUGCGCACCCACGCAUUAGUGGUCAGCCACGGUGCCUUCAUCCGCGUGGCAGUGCGUCACCUUGUGGACGGCCUGAACUGCAGCUUACCCGAGGGGCUGAAGAUGAGCCAGGUGUAUUCAGCCUGCCCCAACACAGGCAUCUGCAGGUUUGUAAUCACACUUCAAGUGGAAGAGAACAUCCCAAGACCUGUUGCGAUCCACUGCAUCUUUAUCAACAGGAAGGAUCACCUCGCCAGCCUCAAAGGCUCGAGUUCGAAGGACGGACUUUCUUCUCACUAACUAACGCGUUAAAAGGAGAGAAAAACCUCUUCAGAGUGUGUUUUCAGUGUCAUACAGUAUGGCAUUUUCAUAUUUAUGGUCCUAAGAUUUCAGACAAACGGUUUUAUAUUUACACUGUAGAGUGAAAGAAACAGUAUUCUGCUAAAUAUUAUUUAUUUGUAAUGUUAUGAGAUGUACUGUUGAGGGCAAUAAGAAGGUCUAAUCCUAAUCACACUUUGAUUUUGCUCUUAAACUGACUGGAUGCACUUUAUAUGCAAUGCAUAGUUUUUUCUUUUUUUGGAAAAACAUGACUUGUUAAAUUAUCAUAUGCCAUUCAGAAUAAAAAGUGUUGAACUGUUUA